CCUGUGCUUGAUCAGUGUUCUAAUCGAAAUGAGUGCGAGUACAGCAAGGUGCGUCGGCGUGGUCGCCGCGGUCUUCGUGUUGACCAUCAUCGCCGCAGUGGCAGCCUACGACUUCGAGGACGCUGCUUUCAAUGCGAGACUUAUCGGUGACCUUGAUGAGUAUGCAGUCUCGUCAGCUCGUAAUCGAAGGGAUGCUGAUUUGGAUGUUGAUGAAUUUUUCCAGUGUAAACAACGAAACCAGAAGGUAUGCUGCGGAAAGAGCAGCCUUUUCAAAAAUUUCGGUGAUAAAGACAAGACCGCCGGAAAAGCAUGUUACCGGGAGAUAGCAGAAAAGCUCAAACGAAAGGAUGAUUUAGACGAGGAUUUGAUGGACAUCUUUUCCUGCGAGCAAAUUAAACAAAUGAAGAAAAAACACUUCUGUAUCCACGAGUGUAUCGGAAAACGAAAAAAUUUGCUGAACGCAGAUGGAUCAAUCAAUGUGCUUAACAUGCGAACAUAUCUGAAAAAAGAACUCUUCACAGAGGAGUGGCAACAAAAAGUUGGUGACAAAGCCAUGGAAAAAUGUUUCAAUGAAAAAUACGUUUCAAGCUGGCCCGACUCUGACAGUUCUGACGUUAAGUGCAACCCUAUCUCGGUUCAGUUCCAACACUGCUUAUGGAAACAAAUUGAGCUGAACUGCCCUGAUAGCGAGUGGAAAGACACCCGGCGAUGCAACAAGAUCAAAGAGUACUUGCGGAAACAGGAGCUCUCGCAGAAGAAUAAAAUCAGCAAGAAUUGAGAAGACUCAACGGAGAUUCACUAGCGUGUGACUUGUGGCGCUGCGCUGGGAUUCAACGCUUCCCACCGGUCGAGACACAUGUGGGUCGACUCAUUAUCGAAUGAUCGAUAGAUAGCAUGGCUAAGAUACGGAUUUAUCGGUCUAGGUCAAUCGAUAACAUAUCAACAAUCGACCCGCUGCGAAUCGAUAGUUGUGCCUGUAUCCAUAGUUUAGUGACUUCGAUCGAUAUAGAGCUCCUUUGAAAAAACACGGCGUAUGACGUAAUCCACCUUCGUUUCAUUCGUGUUUUAAGUCGACCAUCCAGUGCACUUGUCGCCGCUCUUCUGAUGUAAGGGCGUAUCUGCAUGGAUUUCAGCAUGAGCCACAGAAAGCAUGGAUUUGUAUGUAAAAUAGGGCUCAACAGAGACGGAUCCAGCAAUUUGGCAACACCGAAUUCCUUCAUUUAAACCUAUGCCAAAUAAUCGAUUCUUGUUGGAGCACUGGCGUCUCCAAGAAUAGAUACAUUUCCAUGGGUUUAAACGGAGGAAAUCCGGUGUUGCCAAAUCAAUGGAUCCGCCAGUGGGGCUCAAGUGGAAAUUGAGAUACGCCCUAUACGACACUAUCCGCAUUGUAUUUAGAGUAACAGCUUUCGGUGCUGAAGUGCACAUUCUCUCGUCUAUGACUAAAAACUUGUUCGCAACGUCCAUGUCCAUAAGUUGUCAGCAAAAUGCAUCUCAAAAUAUAACCCCAUUGACGAUUAGACGUCAGAGACGCCCAUGGAGAUAGACGAAAGUUGUUUCUUUGAAAGAUCUUUCAUUGGAUUGAUAUUAGAGCAGGAGUCCAUUUGUAAAUGUCCUUUUGUUGUUGUUAAUUUUCAAGAGAAUUUAAGCUUAAUUUAUUUCGAUAGGGGUUAGUUGAUAGUUGUACAUAAUUAAAAAAUUUUCAAAAUUGAA